UCAGAGUAGUCAAUAUGUGACCCGGAAGUACUUUUUCGUUCUUGUUUGUUUGAAGCUAUUAUAUCAACUCGACUGAAAUAUGUCUAAACUACAACCAUUUCGCUUGUUUUUAAAUGAGCGUUUAACGGUGGCUGCACUUGAGAUUUUCGGGGCAGUUCAGAAAACGGUAACCGAGUAUCAGGAAGAGAAUGAUCGGCUCCGGAGAAUGCUGCGGAUCACGAUGGAGAUGAAACUAUGUAGAAACGACUCGCUGCCUCUCCCUGUUGCUGUAUCUGAAGAGGAGGUGUUCCCUGAGCAGCAGCACUUUGAGGAGGACUGGAGCCCUGGUGUGCCACGGGAGUACCCAGACCCCACACAGAUUAAAGAGGAACAGGAAGAACAGGAGGAACUGAGGACUAGCCAGAAGGAAGAGCAGCUUCGUGGGCUAGGUGCUGAUUGCAUAGAGUUCAGAUUCCCCACCUCCCGUGAGAAAGGCCAAUCGGAUCAGGGGGAACCCCUUUGGUCCCUGACUCCUCCCCAAACCCAGGCUGUGGAGAACCAAGAGGGUGAUCCCGAACCAGUGGAUAUCAGAUCGUUUGCUACCGUGUCCCAUCCGAAGGGUUUUGACAUUCCCUUUGCCUAUUCAGAUCAUCAGGACAAUGCCUCCAGCUCAGCCGUAAGCAGAAACCCAGUGGGACGUGGAAGCAGUACACCAUUGGAUCCUGGCCCAUCAGUGGAUUAUAACCCAUCGCUGGAUCCUGCCCCAUCGACAGAUCCUAGCCAAUCAGCAGGGGAGCACUGUCUCAAACCCAACACCGUGCCCAGAAAAACCCACCGCUGCCUGGACUGUGGUGAAACAUUCGGAGAACCCCUGAAUGCUGACCUCCAAAGGCAUGGGUCCCAGGCCAAGAGGAGUCCCGGAGAAUUCCAUGUCUGCAAAAAACGCUAUGUCUCCACCUGCAAGCUGAAGGCCCGCGUCCAACUCGGCCACAGUGGGAAACCUGGCACCUGCCCCUUUUGUGGCAGAACCUUCAAGCAGAAAGCACACCUGUCCAGGCACAUGAGUAUUCACACAGGAAAGAAACCGUUCAGCUGCAGCGACUGUGGGAAGAGCUUCAGUCGCAAGGAGACCUUAACCAGACACGUCAUCAUUCACACUGGAGAGAAACCCUUUAUCUGCGGGGACUGUGGGAAGAGCUUCAAUCGUAAGGAGCACCUAACUGGACAUAGGUGUGCCUUCCAUUGACCUCUGACCUUCACGUCUAUAUAAACAUUUAAAACUGUUCAGACCCUCCAUUUCUAUUUUAUUAUGUUUUAUGUAAUGAAUGCCGUUAUGCUGGUUGAACAUGGUGGGCAGUCUAAUCAUUUAGAUGGAGCAAUGUUCAGUUAAGACAUGGGAACAGUUGUAUGCUUUUGUUUAGUUUUAUUGAGGAAGCAGAGUGACAGUAAUUAGGCCUUUACAGUGAGGGUUAUUGCAAUCGAGUUCUGUCCUGUCUUGGAUAUUGGAUGAAGGGUUGUUUCAUUCAGUCAUCGAAAAAAUUAUGUCCUGACCUACACUUUGCAUGUCCAUAGUGUUGUUUUUGAUAUUCUCCUCACUUUAAAAUUUGUGUAUCUUUUUUUAUACUGAGGUCUUUUGGGAUGUACUCACGAAUUGCAUUUUCAUUUCAUAGCUGUAAUAAAUGUGAUACCAUGUAUGUAUCCUUCCAUGAACAUUAUAUUUGAUCAGUGUUACACUAUAAGAAUUUUACAUUCAUUUAUGCUCUGUUAGAUAUGUUUUUGCAGGAUUGUAACCCAUGAUGCAGUGGUUCAAAAGACUUAAACAAUUACCAAUGGCUACAGGAGAGUCAAGGAUCCUACAAUGCACAUCUCCCCCAAUCACAUUGCUCAGUCAACCAAGAAGUACUCAACAUAGCGUAUGUGCCUGGAGAAAUUGAACUUGCAGGAGUCCACCCACCACACUUAAUGCAAUUUAAUGGAAGUACCUUCCAACUGAUAAACAUUUUCUCAAGUUCACCUGACCCAUUAUUAGCUUUGGUGGGCAAACGUGACAUUUUGUUUCACUGGGGUGUAAAUGUGCCAAAUGCCAAACAACGCUUAGUCACCUAUCAUCAUGGGGAGGGUCACAGAAGACACAAAUGGGAUAAAAGUUUGUUGACCUUCAUGAAUUAGGCAGUCGCUAUAAUAAAACAUGC